AUGAAGCUCACUUCGUUCCAGGUCGUUGCGGUCUUGGCCAUUACGGCAGCAGCCUUCCCAGUCGACACCAAUAAUGCAAUCGCAGCCGCCAAACCGUUGCAUCAACGUGAUCUAGCUGACCACUACGGUCUCUCUCUAUCGACCGGUCAUGCACACAAGCGCCAGCCUGGCAGAUCGGGCAAGUUUGGAAAGCACAGCAGUACCGGGAAGCAGUCUACCGGUGCUUCGUCUCCGGCCAAACAGAGUCUCGAUGCCGCACAGAAAUUCGCUGCUGCUCCCAAGGGGGCCAAGCCUGGUAAAGCUGUGCCCGUAGCAAGCACUGGUGGCACGGGCGGACGGCCUUCGUACGCUGCCAACACAGCAACAGACCCAUCGCAAGACCAUGAUGGUGGAGUCGGAGAAUCAACAGCGGACACUGCUGCGCCAUCGUACCAAGCAACAACAGACUCCACCGACCCGACGACAGACAGUGCCGCUCCAUCUUACGGCGGCUCUAGCAGCUCUGGCCAAUGCAUUUGCCCAAGCUCUUCGUCCAGCGAGCCCACCGAUUCUGUCAGCUCUACCGACUCCAGUGACUCCUCCCCGAGCCCAUCCUCGUACUCGUCCUCCGCUUCAAGCUCCUCUUGCGAUUGCGGUACCUCUAGCUCCAGUGAUGACCCAACCUCUUAUGAUUCAACCGAGCCAUCGACUGGAGAAUCGGGUACAGACGAAGAAGAUUGCCCUCCGGAGGAAGACGAUUCGACUGAGCAAGACCCAGGUAUGGGCGAAUCUGAGGCUCCAACUAGUGAUGACUCUGCCAUGCCUUCCUACGGUGCCAUCACUUCACCAGAGACUGAAGAAGAGCCUACUGGGUACUAUGAAGCAGCAUCUCCAUACGGAGCAGAGCCAACAGAGGAAGAUGCGACUCAGCCGGAAGAGGAUCCCAGGAAGCCAAAGACAGACACAACCGAGAUGGCAGCACCAAGCUAUGACGCAACGUUGACCGAGGAACAGUCUGCAACACCUGACGAGGAAGACGCAACACAACUUGAAGAAGAUGCCGAGAAGCCUGAAGGCGCCGAAAAGCCCGAGGGAUCCGAGGAGGAAAGUGAUGCUGCCAAGCCCGAGGAAUCCGAAGACAAGGAGAUGCCAACUGGUUCCGAGACUUCCUGUGGUUCAUGCAAGGGGGCCGAAGAGAUGCCAACCCAGCCUAAGCCAAAGACUCCAACUGAUGCCACAGCUCCGCCAGCAAAGAAGCCAGUUGAGGCUCCUACAGGAGAUGAAAGCAAGAUGCCAGCCAAGGCUCCUACCGCUGCGAAGACGCCAGCUGGAGCUCCAACAGUAGAUGAAAGCAAGAAGCCAGCCAAGGCUCCUGCCGCUGCGAAGACGCUAGCUGAGGCUCCUACAGGAGAGGAAAGCAAGAAGCCAGCCAAGGCUCAUACCGCUGCGAAGACGCCAGCUGAGGCUCCUACAGGAGAGGAAAGCAAGAAGCCAGCCAAGGCUCCUACCGCUGCGAAGGCGCCAGCUGAGGCUCCUACAGGAGAGGAAAGCAAGAAGCCAGCCAAGGCUCCUACCGCUGCGAAGACGCUAGCUGAGGCUCCUACAGGAGAGGAAAGCAAGAAGCCAGCCAAGGCUCCUACCGCUGCGAAGACGCCAGCUGAGGCUCCUACAGGAGAGGAAAGCAAGAAGCCAGCCAAGGCUCCUACCGCUGCGAAGGCGCCAGCUGAGGCUCCUACAGGAGAGGAAAGCAAGAAGCCAGCCAAGGCUCCUACCGCUGCGAAGACGCUAGCUGAGGCUCCUACAGGAGAGGAAAGCAAGAAGCCAGCCAAGGCUCCUACCGCUGCGAAGACGCCAGCUGAGGCUCCUACAGGAGAGGAAAGCAAGAAGCCAGCCAAGGCUCCUACCGCUGCGAAGACGCCAGCUGAGGCUCCUACAGGAGAGGAAAGCAAGAAGCCAGCCAAGGCUCCUACCGCUGCGAAGACGCCAGCUGAGGCUCCUACAGGAGAGGAAAGCAAGAUGCCAGCCAAGGCUCCCACCGCUGCGACACCAUCAUACGUUUCCGGUGGCCCAUCAAAGAAGCUUUUCAGACGUGUGGCAUUCAAGGCUUGA